AUGGCUUUUCCAGGCCUCCAUCAUUUGCAACACGUUUCAAGCAACGACACCACCAUUCCGGGUAUUGGUCAUCUUCCCACUAGCAUCCUAGACGCAUUCAUUCCGGGCUACUCAUUCAUCUCUAAAUACCUCCUCGAUGUGUUCGGGUUCGAUAUCUCCAUCAUCGUAUCUGUCCUGGUUCUCGGCUUCGCCUGUACUACAGGCGUUCAUUACAUUUACCGGCACUUAUGGGCCAGCUUCCUGACAUACUUUACCGCCAGCGUGGUUAUCGAUGCUUACGACAUCAUCUACGACAACCUUCUGUCCUGGGCUGCGGAACAAGAGGACUUGAAGCGAGUACGGUCUCUGAAGGUCCAGAGCGCAGACUACACAGACGAUGUGGAUGAUUUGAAGGGCGACGACAAUGCGGCAGCGGGCGCCAUCUUCAACUUCAACAGCUGGGCAGCAAAGGUCCCACCUCGGUAUGAGCCCGAUACUGGCUACCACUGGUUCCGCCAUAAGGGACAUUGGUUUAAGUUCUCUCGUGAAUUAAACAAGGUUCAAGGCGGCUGGAUGGGCAUGAUGAUUCAAGACCAAGAAACCGUCCGGCUGACCGUGCUCGGGCGUUCGACCAAACCCAUCAAAGACCUCAUUCUCGACACCAGAGACCGGAAUCUAUCGAAGCAGAUUGCCAAAACUACAGUCAGACGGCCUAGUCCAAAGGAACAGCGAGGUCGAGGACGUCAGGCUUGGAACAAGGUCGCCGUACGUCCUAGUCGUCCAAUGGGAACCGUGGUUCUAGACAGCAAACAGAAGGCUGCCAUUUUACGUGACAUCAACGACUUCUUGGAUCCUGCUACGACUAGAUGGUAUAGUAAUCGAGGCAUUCCAUAUCGGCGAGGGAUCCUGUUGUAUGGUCCUCCUGGAACCGGGAAGACCAGCUUGAGCUUUGCCCUGGCUGGUGUUUUCGGUCUCGAUAUUUAUUGCAUGUCGCUUUCGGAAAAGACACUUUCGGAGGAAGACCUCAUCCUUCUCUUCAACAGCCUACCCAAACGCUGCAUAGUCUUGUUGGAGGACAUCGACAGUGCUGGCAUUGUAAGGAAGAAAUCAGACACUACAAAGGAAGAAGAGAAGAGGUCUAAAGGAGAAGCAGAGGAUAAGAAGGAAGACGCCAAGAAUGAGAAGAAAGACGAAAGCGCGGAAACAACUGCAGCAAUGAUCGCCAAGGAGGUCGCCAAAGCGGUCAAAUCUGCCAACGAGAGCAAUGACCGUUCUGCAGGCGGACGUCCUGGCUCUUCGAAUGAUAUGGGAAUCACUAUGUCCGGCCUUCUUAACGCCAUUGAUGGUGUUGCCUCUCAAGAAGGACGUGUUCUGAUCAUGACAACAAACUAUCCGGAAAAACUGGACGACGCGCUCAUGCGGCCUGGACGUGUUGACAUGAAGAUCGAAUUCACACUUGCAAGCAGAAUCCAGAUGCGUGAACUCUUCCUUCGAAUGUACUGCGUCGAUUCGAGGGAAGCUGCUCGCACACCAACAAAUCUGAAGCAGAUUAUGCCUAAUAUUUUGGAAGCCGGUGCCUUUGCAGAUCGACCGAAAAUUUCGGAGAAAAGCAACAACGAAAAGCACAGCACGUUGCUACCCUCGACAGGACCUUUACUUCCCACGCCACCUCGGAGCCCGACAACCGCAACACCCUCUCGACUCCAUUCAGCUAGCAAAGCGUCGUCACAGCUCGAGCCUACCUUCUUAUUACAAAGCGAACCAUCGCCGGAUCUCAAGGAAUGGGCCGAUAAGUUUGCUGACAGCCUUCCCGAGGCGACCUUCUCACCCGCCGAGGUACAAGGCUAUCUGAUCACACGCAAAAAGGAUCCUUGGAGCGCGGUGGCUGAAGUUGCUGCAUGGCGAGAUGCGGAGCUAGCAAAGAAGAAUGCAAAGGAGGCGCAGAGGGAGGCGCAAAAGGCUGAGACGAAGCAAGACAAGGGAGAUGCAAGCGAAACUUCGAGUACGAAUGAACUUGUUAAGAUCGAAAAGGAAGACGCUAACGAAGAGGGUAGAGCAGGUGAAAAGCUCGCAGACAACGGUGACGGCGAAGAUUUAGGUGGUGAUUCUUCAAGGCCAGAAACGUCGAUCCCUGCCACAGCUGAAAGUGGUUGCAGUGCUCUACUUGGGAACGUUGAGGGCGUCAGGGAGGAUAGCGACGACGGCAAGAGUGGGUCUGAGGAUGGUGAUUCAGCUGAUGGUGCUGAUACGGACAGUGUGGCUGAGAGUGAGGCGAGCCAGUCUUCGGUAGAAAGCGAUGAAGGAAGCGAUGAGUAUGUCGGGUGA